CUUUUCCACUUUGCAGUAGCUGGAGUGGCAGGAGGAGGGAAAUCAUCUCUCAUCAAUGCCUUCCGCGGCUUGCGUAAUAACGACGUCAAUAUCGGAGCUGCCGCCACUGGCGUCACCGAGACAACGCUGGCCAUGGCCAGAUACCCCGACCCCAAUGCGGAAUACCCAUAUGUCUGGUAUGACAUUCCGGGCGCAGGCACGCUCAGAAUCCCGGACUGGCAGUACUUCAACGUCCAAGGACUUUACGUCUUUGACUGCAUCAUCGUCCUGUUCGACAAUCGCUUCACCAUGACCGAUAUCGCCAUCCUCACCAACUGCAGGCGUUUCAAUAUCCCCACAUAUAUCGUGCGUUCUAAGGCAGACCAGCACAUCCGUAACAUCAUGAAGGAUAUUGGGUACGACAGCGAUGACGAUGAGAGCGGGGACAAGAAGAAGAAACUUUACCAGGCUGCACGGCAGCAGUUCAUUCAGCAGACCCGCCAGAGCGUGAAAGACAAUUUGGAGAAUGCCAAUAUGCCUGACCAAAGGGUUUACGUCAUUUCUAAUGAACCUAUGCUCGGGGUCGUGAAGGACAAACGGUCGAAGAAGGUGAUCGACGAGAUUGAGUUGUUGAACGACUUGAUCGGAGAAGCCCAGAUCAGGCGGGCACGCCGUGAUGCU